CACAAAUAGCAGCACCAAGACAUCUUCAACAUCUUAGAAGAAAAUCCAUCAAGAGGUGUUUUUUUCAACUCACAGACUCUCUAUUCUAAGUAUUGUACUCUGAUUUGAUGUCCAUCAUGGACUUCAGUAGGACACAUCAAGCGUUCCGAGAACGAUGGGAGAAGACCGAUGACGAACUGUGCAAAAACAGCAUGUCGCUUCACCUGCACAAUACGCUCAGGCAUGAGUUCUUCGCCAGCUACCUUUACCUGCUGGAGCAGAUACCUCUGGUGAAACUAUACACCGUGACCUGCGAGUACAUCAAGGGAGAGAAGCAAUUCUACUACAGGGCCCAGAAUUUUUACAAAGAUGUACCGGCGUCAGAGGAGGGUAUGAUGGGAGGUUUUGUGGAGAUCUCAGAGGUGGACCUUGAGGGUUCCAGACAGUUCCUGAAGAAGUUUGUGGGACCAGGGAAAGCUGAUACCAGGCGGGCCCUUGAUUGUGGCUGUGGGAUUGGCCGGGUGUCCAAAGGGGUUCUGUUUCCUGUAUUUGAAAGCAUGGAGAUGCUGGACAUGAGUGAGGACUUCAUUCUCCAUGCCCACGAAUACUACUUGGGUGACUACGCUGACCGCGUGGAGACCUACUACCUCGACAACCUGCAAGAUUUCACUCCUUCACUCGAUAGAUAUGACGUCAUCUGGAUGCAGUGGGUAGCUUGUCACCUGACUGAUAAAGAUCUGCUGGAGUUCUUGAUUCGCGCAAAGCAAAGCCUAAGGCCCAAUGGGGUCAUCAUUCUAAAGGAUAACAUGGCACGGCAAGACUGCAGACUAGACCCUGUUGACAGCAGCCUCAUCCGCCACCUGGACAUCAUGAAGAGCAUUAUCCAGAAAGCCGGCCUCACCAUCCUCGACACGCAGAAACAGGAAGGCUUCCCUGAGAUCAUUGUGCCCGUGUGGAUGAUUGCCAUGCAGUGAGCUGGCAUUAUGUUUCUAUUUUAGGGGAAAGCAUUAGAAACUAUAUCUGCAUACUAUAUCAAUAAAUUAUACUUGGGCUUUUACAGUGAAUGUAUUGUUUUACAUUGAAAAUAGCAUAUUUGUACUCAUAGCUAGCUUUCCAGAAUUAGCAUAUCUUUAUUUAUUCUAGUAGUAUGUUUUAUGUAUGUAGAAAUAACAUGUCUGCAUAGCACCUGUAUGUGACUGAUUAUAGAACGGUAC